AUGAAGGUGUCAUCAUUUCCACCAAUUUUUACAAUUCUUUCAGAUCCAUCAGAAAAGCCGAAGCAGGAACUGCCUGUUUAUAAGGAGGAGGCGAGCGAAUGGAAUAACAAUGUCAUUCAAGAAAAAGAAAAGUCAUUGUCAAUCAAUUACUGGAAUAUUCCAACAUCAAAAGAACUUGUGCCAAAAGGUGACGAAGGUUCCACAUCAUUGGAACAAAUCGCAAGUGGCUCUCUCGAGAAGCAAUAUCCGUCAGGGAAUAACGCUGCUUCAUCAAAGAAACUCGGUCCCUACGACAAGGUGGUACUGUCCAGAACUGGUACUUCUGUGUAUGAUGAAGAAGCUGAAAGGCUUAAAAAAAACUGCAACCAAUUUGUGAAAUUGCUUGAAGAAAUCGAAUGUUCUUUCAACUAUCUUGACGAUGGAUUCAAACGAAUAGAAUCACGCCUGCAUGGUGCAGCAAAGCAGCGAGUGGAAAAGGAAGAUGUCGUCCAUGAAAACAAACGGCUGGCUUUAUUGAACGAAGAGCUCUGUAAAAAAGUGGAAGCUUUAAGCAAGCAACUUGAACAGGAAGUCAAUAUGCAAAAAGGUAUGAAAGAGUAUCAAUUUAAUUUGGAGACCGACAAUGAGCAGCUUCGUUUGCAAGCCGAUAAGCUUAUGAAGGAUAAAAACAAAGACGAAGUUUUACUUGGGCUUCUCGAAAAAGAAAAUGAGGAGCUAUUGGUCAAGUCUUUCAAAUUAAAUGAAUUGGAAAUUCAAGAGAAGAAAACACAAGAAGAGAUGAAAAAAUGCUUGACUGAGCUUUCAAAGAUCGAAGACAUUGUCAAGCAAAAGGAUGAGGAGAGAACACAUAUAGAAGAAGGAAUAUUUCAGCUACAAAAGAAGUGGGAAACAGAACACUUAGGGCUAUUGGAGGCACAAGACGAAAAUGACAGUUUAAUAUCUAAAAUUACCGAUUAUCGCGUCAAGUUGGAUCACCUUGAAAGAGAACAUAAACUGACUCAAGAGGUGUCCAUAGAGCAACGUGGAACAAUUUCGUCUUUAAAUUUAAGAAAAGCUGAUCUUUCAGUUGAGAUUGACAAUUUGAAAUUUCGUCUAAGAAGCUUUGUGAAUUUGGAAGAGCAGAAUGAGUCGCUAAAUGAAGAGCUACGAAAAGCAAAGAAUAAUUUACGGGCAAUGGAGAAUGUGUACACGGUUUCAAUGGUCGAUGCAAUAAAGUUUCGCGGCAAAUAUGAUGAGGCAUGUUAUGAGCUUGAAGGGCUCCAAGGAACGAUUGAUUUGCUAUCUGCUGAGAAAAAGGAACUGAGUGAAAAAUGUGACAGAUUGGAACACGAAAUGAGCAGAGAAUUGGUUGAGCAUGGAGGAAAAUUGAGCAGUACUGACGGGAAAACCAAGGCACUUGAAUCGAACUUAAAUUUGGUAAGUUUAGUUGUGUUAGCAUAUUAUUUUAGGUUAACUAGUGUUAUCGUAUCUGUCAUGUUUAUUUGUGUUACUAUGGGUAGAGAAAGAGUAUCAACGACCUAGCAACAGUUGCAACGGGCCGCAAAAAUAUGAUUGCCAUUUCGCAACGGUGAAUUGUUGGAACACCUAAACAAAAGUAGCAUAGAUUUAAAAUUUGUUUCUCCUCCCCUCUUCUUUUACAGUUUUGCUUAAUACUGCAUGAUUGUCAGUGACAAUUUAAACACUUCUAAUGAAGGAAACAAAAUUGUACGUGAGAAGAGAGGGAGAAUAGAGCAACAGCAAUGAUGACUUGGAGAUGAAGCUUA